GGAAAUAUGGCUAGAGAAAGAAUAAAAAAAGAUUUUGACCAAAUAAAUUAUAUCAAGCUUUAGGGCAGUGAUGAUUUUAUUGUAGAUAUAUAUGAAAUAGGAAACUAUUAAAUACAGAUAUGCAUUAAAGGUCCAGAUGAUUCACCCUAUAAAAAUUACCUAUUUUUCCUUAAUUUUCAGUUUUCGAAUGAAUAUCCUUAAAUUCCUCCAUAAGUCACAUUCAUGAAUAAAAUUUUUCAUCCAAACAUAAAUGUUUUAGGUUAUAUUUAUUUAGGUAUCCUAAAGGAUGAUUGGACGAGUGAUUACUCAGUACACACAAGUAAGCAUUCUACAAAUCUUAGUUUUGGCGAGCAUUAAAGAGCUAUUAAUAAAGCCGGAUGAAGAUAAUUCAUUUUUUCCAGAUGCAACUUUACUUUAUAAAAAUAAUAAAAUUGAUUUCGAAAAAAAAGCAAAGGAAUGGGCAUAAAAAUAUGCUAUUUAUAAUUGA